UUUUCACUAUAAUAAGUAGAUAUAUUAUUCAUCUAUUAAUUAAAUAUCCAAACUGUGCAAUUGGUUCUACUGAUAGAGCAGAUUUAAAAGGACCAAGUGAAAACUUUGAAAAUUAUGUGAAAGGCGAAAUUGGAUUAAAAUGGUGCGAGAAUUUUUUGGUGAUGGAAAUUUUGGUUCAAACGGGUGGCGAAAUGUGGAAAUUUCAUCAAAAAAUUACCAAUCAAUUGUUCACUACUAAAAAUUUUCGUGAAAUUUUUUGUAAAGUAUUUGAACAAGAGACAAAGACAGCUUUAAAUAUUUUGAAUGAUGCAGCAAACAAAGAUGACACAAUCGAUUUACAUAUUUACUUUGAAUACAUUUGGAAAGUUAAAACCGGUAGAAGAAUUAGAAAAGAAAUUAAAUACCUGGAUGAAUUUGCAUAUAAUAUUAUAAAAGAAAGAAAAUCAAAAAAAGCCAAUGACAGUGCAUCAUCAUCAAAUGUUUCAGGAUGUGAUACAACUGCAAAUGUUGAAGAAAAUCAAAUUCCAACAUUUGAUAGUAUCAAAAAUUUUCAUUAUGCUGAAGCGACAUUGUAUGAAACACUUCGAUUAUAUCCAGCUGUUCCAAAAAAUUCCAAGUCACCUUGGUGUAUGGGUAGAGAUAAAAAAAUUUGGGGUGAAAAUGCAUUACAAUUUUAUCCUGAUAGAUUCUUAACUUCCGAAGGUGUAUUGAAACCAUCUCAAUUUAAAUUUCCUGCAUUUCAUGCUGGUCCAAGAAUCUGUUUAAGACAACAAUUUGCUACUGUUGAAGCAUUAACAUUGGUUACAUCAAUGUUAAAAAAAUAUAGGUUUGAACUAAUACCUGGUCAAGAAUCACCUCCACCAUAUAUUUCUUCCAUAACCUUACCAAUGAAAAAUCCUUUAUUAGUAAAGGUUGAUGGUUUAGAUGGUAGUGGGAUUGCUUCCUCUUUGUCUAUUCUAUCAAAAACUUAA